UAGGAUAUAAAUUGAGCGUCAAUUUAGGACUUAGCAGAUCCCAAAAUAAAAACACCCACCGCCUAACAUCACACUCCUUCCAAGUUGUGUCCUAAAAAACCCUAACUUUCGACUAUCAUCGAUCUCUGCAAGUAUGGAAGUUAGCGUUCUACAGAAAUCGAUGGAGGUGGCAAUGAGCAAGUGCAGGAAAGAGUGUGAAGAUGAAGAAAUGAAGAGAAAGAAAAAUGAUGUUCAUUGGUUUGCAUUUCUUCCAGAUGACGUGGUUGAAGAUAUCCUUAAAAGGCUUCCUUAUGUUUUCCUUCGUUAUAACGCAAAGUAUGUCUGUAGAAAAUGGUUCGAUAUAAUUAACAUGAUCUUGGCAGAAAAUUCUUUUUUUAUCCUCCAGACGUCAUUUGGAUUUACGAUCCGCUAUGUGGAUGUAAGGGAAGAAGGACAAAGACUAGAAGUGAAAGAGCAAAACCUUCGCAUACAUUUCUUUGGAAGGAUAAAGUCAUGGUAUAACGAGUUUCUUCUGAUAUUAGACCCUGCCAGAAAAAGAAAGUCACUGUAUAUUUUCAAUAUAAUCACCAGGGAAAAAUCAUUUCUUCCCAAGCCUCCAACAUUUUUUGCACAUCAAGAUACUAGCGUAUGUGCAAUGGCCCUUUUUUUUGACAGAUUCAAGGGAGUAUAUAAGGUUGUUCACUUGUUUAAUGGCCAAUCACUCCAAUGUCAUAUUCUACAAUUGGAAAAAGAUAUUGUAGUCUCUCGUGUUUCCUCAAGGUGGAAAAAGAUCAAAGUACCUUUUUACUUGGAUCCUAGGAAUAUGGGUGAGAUAGUUUCAAUUCAAGUUCAAGGAAGGUACUUUCAUUGGAAUCUUAAUUGCUCUAGGUUCCUGGUUUCUGUUGAUAUGAUAAAAGAAGAAGUUCUCCAAAUGAGCCUACCUGAACCCGGUGAGCGUAAGAGGCUCUACUAUUCUAUUUUUGAGAUGGGUGGUUUUCUCAGCCUCAUUGAUGGAGUUUCUAGGGAAAAAACUGACUUAUGGAUUCUUAAAGAUUUUCAAAGUAUGAAGUGGGAGAAGUUGCUUUCGAUAACAGUCCAGGAUCAUGGCUUUGUAAGUGCUUCUUUUCGAUAUCCGGUUUGUGGCGUGAUAAAUAAGAGAUAUAUCGUUUUCAUGAGAUCAAGGCACGAUAAAAGUAUAUUUAGUUAUGAUCUGAAAAAUAGAGUCUUUAAAAAGCUAAACAUCCACAUUGAUCUGGGUGAUCUUUGUGUGGCUCAUUCAUCAGGACCAAGUGGAAAAACUACAAGGGAGGAGGUACCGGUGUCGUUCUAAAGUUGUUGAGUCAUGGCCGAUGAAAUUAGAA